AUGAUCACAUCAAUUGGAGCCGGAUGCUUCCAACAAUGCACUGCACUUAAGAGUAUCACAUUACCAAAGUCUCUUAAGAGAAUUAACAAACAAGCAUUCACUCAGUCUUCAAUCCAGAACUUGAUCAUUCCAGAAAAUGUUUCUAAAAUUGUUGGUGAAGCUUUCUUGAACAUGCCAGAGUUGGAAACAAUUGUUUUCAAUGGAGUUAUCAACUCAAUUGAAGAAUUCCCAUUCGCUUACUGUCCUAAAUUACGCAGUAUCACUUUCCUUAAUAACAUUAUUAAUGCAUCAGAUUACUUCCUUGGCGAUGAAGUCGAAGCAUUAAGAGAGUUUAUUUAUUGUGGAAAUGAUGAAGUCAAGGGUGAUUUCUUAUACAAGUACGCUGGAACAGAAGGUUUCGUUGCUUCUGUCGGUGAUUACUACAAACAUGAAAAAAUCGGAGGAAUCACUGCAAAAGUAACAUCACUUUGCCAUUCACCAUACGUUCCAACACCUGCUCCUACACCAGCUCCUUCUCCUCUCCCAACUGAGAAACCAACUCCAAAUCCAACAGAGAAACCAACACCAAAUCCAACUGAAGAGCCUAAGCCACAAACUCCAACAGAAAAACCAGCAAAUUCUAAACGCAGAGUAGUAGUAAUCACUUCAUCAGCAGUUGGAGGAGCAAUAUUAUUAAUAGUUAUAAUUGUUAUCAUUGUUGUUGUAUUUACAAAGAAAUCUGUUUGGAGAAAGAAAGAGACAUUAACAGAAUCUCUUUUAACACAGACAGUUUAA